AUGUGUGAGGGGAAUGUAGGGAGUGUUGGUUCAAGUGAGGAUAAUGAUAAUAGAGAUUCGGUUGAGGAGAAUGUAAAGAGUGGUGGUUCAGCCAAAGGUGUUGGUGUUAUACAUGAGGGGAGGUUGAAUAAGACAUCUAGUCAUGAUCGAAAUGUUGAGAGGAUUAAAGAUGAAGAGAUAUUUAAGAAGGGUAUUGGUCAAGUGGUUAUGAUGCUAAUUUGGAUGGAAAAUAUGGUGGUUGUUCAACCGAGUGGCUUACAUAGAGAUGCUCUUACUAGUUCAAUUAUUGUUCGUGAUGGCUUACAUAGAGAUGUUUCUACUAGUUCAACAGUUGUUUUCGAUGGCUUACAUGGAGAUGUUUCUACAAGUGUGGGUGGUUCUAGUGUUGAUUUAGAUAGAGAAUAUGAUGAUAAUCUUGGAGGAGUCUCAAAUAGGGGUAAUAUUGGUGUUGGAAUUGAGUAA